AUGUACGACUCGUUGACAGGCGUCAACAGUGACAAAUCUAUUGAUAUAAAAUAUUUUGACUUGACAAAAGCGUUCGAAAAGGUUUGCUACGAUAAAUUAAUUAGCAAACUGAAUGGUGUGCCACACGGAGGAGCACUUUCACCAUUACUGUUCUUGAUUUACACAUUGGACCUGCCAAAAAUUCUCAAGGUCCAUCCCAGUAUUGAGGUUAAAAUGUUUGCUGAUGCUAGUAAGACACAAAAUGCUAAGCUUAUCCAUCGAGAAGAUGGUGUGUUGGUCCACAGACUGGGAACCCCCCUCAAUUUGGAUAGAACUGUACAUCUCCAUCUGGGACCCUGCUCACCCAUCCCGUAUCAAGUUGAUGGAACAUUUAUAAAGCUAGAAUGCUCUGUCAAGGACCAGGGGAUUCUUUCUGAUGUUUGGCUGGCAUUUGAUGGGCAUAUUGAGAUGGUCGUGAAAAAGGCCAUGAGGUGCCUUUUCCUGGUAUUAAGGAAUGUGCAAUGUAACGACCCCAGUCUCCUUGUCAGGCUGCGCAACAUUUACAUCCGGCCUCAUCUAGAGUAUGGAUUCAUUGUGUGGAGUCCCUGGAUGAAAAAACACGAGAACAGGUUGGAAAGAGUGCAAAAAACGUUUACUAAGCUCGCGUUCUACAGGUGUUUUCCUAAUUCUGAAUACCCCCUGGCACUUCCAAUCUACCAAGAUCGCCUGAGAGCGCUGAACAUGAGGAGUCUGAAAUACCGAAGAAUUUUAAACGACAUUAACGCUUUCCGCAUUUUUAGGAGAGAGAAAAUUAGCAGCCAGCAAAUACUGGAUUUUCCGACCGUACAGAGGGAUGAGUGUGGAAUCACAAUCCACCACAAGAAAUUAGAGCGACAUCGUUUUAACAUUGUGUUUCAUUAUUUUUUUUCGAGCGGCCAGUGGCUGCGCAUGCUACCCCGUGAUAACUUACUUGCUGCUUAA